AUGUCAAAAGUUCCCGCAAUCUAUCAAUUGGGCCACUUGCCCAUCAAAGACCACGUCUUUUCGCCAGACCGCACCAUCUUGGCAGUAACCAAGGAAAACCAAGUUGAAAUCUACAAGAUCAACCCCCAGAACCUAAGCGCUAAACCGCAAUUGAUUGCGCAUUUGAGAGACCACGACAAGACAGUCACUUCCGUCGACAUCUCCCCAGACGGCACCCGCAUCCUCACUUGCUCGCAGGACCGCAAUGCCUUAGUCUGGGAAUACCAGGACGGAGAAUUCAAACCCACGCUCGUAUUAUUGCGCAUCAACCGCGCGGCCACCGUGUGCAGAUGGUCGCCCGACGGCUCCAAGUUUGCCGUUGGGUCCAGCGAUAGAAUCAUCGCUGUAUGCUACUACGAAGCCGAGAAUGACUGGUGGAUCUCGAAACACUUGAAGAAACCCAUCAAGUCGACCAUCACCACGUUGGACUGGCACCCCAACGGCGUGCUCUUAGCGUGUGGCUCCACCGAUGGCCACGUGCGUGUAUUCAGUGGAUACAUCAAGGGGAUCGACGCUAAGCCCGAGCCGACUCUAUGGGGCACCAAGUUGCCGUUCCAGACCCUAUGCGGCGACUUUACGAAUGAAACGAUGGCCUGGAUCCACGGCGUCAAGUUUAGUCCCCUGGGCGAUGCGUUAGCUUGGGUCUCGCAUGAUUCUAGCUUGGGGGUGGUUUACCCUGCAGGCGAAGGAGAACCACCGCAAGCAGUAUGGAACGUCAAGACGGACUAUUUGCCGUUCAAGUCCGUGGUGUGGACGGGGGAAAAUCUGGUUGUUGUCGGUGGGUUCAAUUGUAACUUGGUUGUUUUCCAAGGCGAUGUCUCCGGCUGGAGCGAGGCGUACAAGAUUGAAGAGCAAAAGGACUUGACUGAAGAACCAGCCAAAGUUGCCGAUGACGAAGAUGACGCUGAGAUUUCUUCGCACCAGGCUUUGAACAUGUUUAAACAGAUGGACUUGAAGGGAAGAGUUAAUAAACCUAGCGGUGGUUCUCUGAAGGCUUCAAAGGCCUUGAGCACUAUUCAUCAAAACACCAUUGCAAGUAUCAAGAACUUUGCUCCUGGAAAAGUCUCAACAUCGGGUAUCGAUGGAAAAGUUGUUAUUUUCAACGUAUAG